AUGAUAAAAAGUAUGCUGAAAAUAAGGAACAACGUGGAUAUAAGUGAAUACCCAAAACUAAAUGCUUUCUUAAAACGACAAUCAGACAGUUUUACAACUAAAAAGUCGAAAAUAUUAACAUCGAGUGAAGUGGAAAGGUUUUUGAACGAAGCUCCCGAUGAUCGUUAUUUAGCCACAAAGGUUGCGCUGAUUUUUGGCGUUGUUGGAGCUUGCCGCAGAGAGGAGUUAGCCAAUAUUACUUUAAAAGAUAUUGAAGCCCAUGGAAAAAUGCUACUAAUCAAGGUUCCGAAUACAAAAAAUAAGAUACCGAGAAGCUUUGUUGUUGAAGGAGAUAUUCUUAGAAUAGUGCGACCAUUUUUUCCGAAAUUAUCAAAAAGGGAAGUGUACAGCUCAAGCAAUCGGAAUAAAUAA